AUGAUACGGCACGAAAACAAAACAGGAUGGGCCGUUUAUUGGGUGAUAUGUGGACUGCUGGCACUUUUGGCUGAUCUGGGCAUGUGUAUGCCAGCUAAGACGAACGAGUCAGAUGUAUUUGAAAAAUAUACAUACAGGUCGAAUUAUUCGGAUUCAGAGCUCUUUCAAUCAACAUACACGGAAAAGCAUCUUGAUCUGCUACGAAAUGAGACGAGAAAUCUGUUCUAUUAUGGAUUUAAUCAGUAUAUGAAAUAUGGAUAUCCAUAUGAUGAAGUAAAGCCUAUAAGCUGCAUUCCACACCGGAGAAAUCGCCGGAAUUAUAGAGAGACGACUAGAAAUGACGUUUUGGGAAAUUUCACAUUGACUCUCCUCGAUAACUUGGAUACUUUUGUCAUAAUGGGGGACCAGCAAGGAUUUGAAGAAGCAGUUGACAAAGUGAGGCGCUUAUUCACAAAAUUCGAUAUUGAUUCCACUGUUCAGGUGUUUGAAACUAACAUCAGGAUUCUAGGUGGGUUGUUGAGCGCACAUUUGUAUGCUGUUGACCCCAGAAAGGGGCAUUGCAUUAAAGGAUAUGAUGGAUUUUUGCUCCGGUUGGCUUACGAUUUGGGUAAAAGACUAGUGAUUGCAUUCGAUAACAAUAUAGACGACCCGGCCAAAUUCAAUGAUGAUAUUCCCGUCAUCAUUCCGUUUCCUCGCACGAACCUUUUGAAAGGUCCAAGCUAUGUGCCAUCACAAUUGCAAGCCGAACAGUGCACUUCUGGCGUAACAUCGUUUGUCGUUGAGUUUUCACUACUUUCAAGACUUACCGGCGAUCAUAUCUUUGAGGAUAUUAGUCGGUACACGUUUUUGAGGAUUUGGCAUAUGCGAACUGGGCAUGACCUCAUACCGAUGACGAUCAGAACCAAUAAAUUCAUGUUUACAGACAGCCUAACCGGCGUUGGGGCCUCAAUCGACUCAUUUUACGAGUAUGCGUUGAAGUAUGCGAUACUUUUCGAUGAUGAGGAGUUUUUCAGGAUUUGGGCCUCAUCCUACAGAGCUCUUCUCAUCAACUCACAAAAUUCAGAAGGGUUCUUCCCUAACGUAAACGUGAAAAGCGGUCUCGAGCUUUCCGAAUGGAUCGAUGCAUUAGGGGGCUUUUUUCCUGGUCUUCAGGCUCUUUCUGGCGAUAUUCCGAAUGCAAUACUUUCGCACAGGAUAUACUUGAAGCUGUGGAAUUACUAUGGUGCGAUUCCGGAGCGUUGGAAUCACAAUGCAGAACGUUCCGAGCCACUUUUUGAAUAUUUGAAGAGACCGUAUCGAAAUGGCGAUCUUCUUGAUGGGUUUGAUGAGGAGACCACAAAUGAGUUUCUUCUCAAGAACUCGGUUGCCUUAGAAUGGUAUCCGCUUCGGCCCGAAUUCGUCGAGUCCACAUACUAUCUUUACCAGGCUACCAAAGAUCCACUUUACUUGAGAAUUGGAGAGGCCUUUCUCCAAAGGUUUCGGUCCGAAUUUAUUGCACCAUGUGGAUUUGGUGGUGUCUUGGAUGUUAGAACUGGUACAAGGCAGGACAGAAUGGAGAGUUUCGUCUUAGGUGAAACGUUAAAAUACUUGUAUUUGCUAUUUGAUGCAGGUAAUGCAUUGCAUGGGUCUCAAAGUGCCAGCAGCAACACAAUCUUUUCUACCGAGGCACACCCUCUUUGGUAUGAUCAGGAGCUUGUGAGAAUGUACAGUGGGCCGGUGUUCAGGCUCAAGAAGGAUGACAGAGACCUUUACAGAGGGAAAAAGCAUUAUAUAAGCGAUAGAGUGGGAAACAUGAACCGCCUAAGAGGAAUUUUCAGCCCAAUUACAUCUAGCCAGUAUGCGGAACGGCUUGAGAAGGCGUUUGUACAGUUGAAAAGACAUUUCUAUGGCAAUGUUGAGAACAGUUGGCAAGAGCUCUAUGUCACGGAUAAGGUUCGGAAGCUUCUUCUUGGAAGAAAGCUUGGAAACAUGACUGUUGGCGAGAGAAUUUUCGUUCACGCUAAUCUUCACAAAAAGCUAGCCUCAUUUUCUGAAAGAUCGGAGUACUACAGCGAAGAUGGUUGGUGGACCAAUAAAGUACCAAAACAGCUAACAGACCAGUACAUAGUGGAUCCAGACUAUCUUGGUCUGGCGAAAUGUACUGCUUCCAAGUCUCGUGAGCAACACUUUCUGGUUUCGCCAAUAUUUAGUGAUGAUACCUCGUUCUACAGGUCCGACUUGAUGCACCAACUGAGCCUCAGAAGACCUCCGUAUCUUCCAAAUAGCGCAAACCCAGAGCUGGAGCUCGAUUUUGCGUUCUAUGAUCGUUUUGUACAGGGUAAACCGAUCUGCUUGGCUCCUUCAAACACUACAGUGUUUGGUGCAGUGAUGGAGGAACCAACAAACGAAAAUAGAGGUACCAGAAUUGUGAAACUUAGCAAUAAGCAGGAUCGUUCGACUGCUGGCAUAUACAUUGAUGAUCUAAGCUCUUUCCGGGCAGUUUUUGAGAAGCAGAAACCCGGGGAUUUGAACUCUUUUGGCGAAUACGUGCAUUUUGAAGAGGCAGACCGAAAUACAGUGAAUAAGACAAGCAUGGAAGCUCUGAGGAUAUUGAAAAUAAACGGAUAUCAUGUCGGCAAGAACGAGAACGUCUGGGUGAACUCGAACUCAAGUGGAAUAAACGUUGCUAAAGGACUUUCAUACAACAAUGAAGGUAUUGUUGAAAUCAAUCGAAUUCCGGUGAUCAACAUGAGGGCUAUAAGUAAAUAA